UCUUCUCAGCUGCUCCUUCCUUACCCUGAACGGACGGGCUCCGAUUCAACGUCCUCAUUCAGCAUAUGCAUGGGCAUAUGCUAUGCACAUAGUCUACGCACCCAGGGUUGAAAAUGGAUACAGGCCCACCUGCCUCUGUGGGGAAAAUGAAGAUUGUGUCCGUCGACGGGGAUUACUCUGAGAUCCUGGACACGAGCUGCGGGACGUCGGCCGUCGCUGUCGGCAGCACGGUCUACGAGCUCAGCGGCGUGGGCGACUUGGACUCGAGGGGGCUGGAGUUGUUGGACAUGACCCCGUCAAGCACGUGCGUCACGGCGGACACGCCUGACACGGCCGACUGCUACAGCGCCUCAACGACAACGGUCACCUUGACCGAUGACGUGUACGUGGAGUUAACCUUCAACAUCGGGAUAUGGACCGAAGACGGAAGCACCUUCUACAAGUCGUUCACCAACACCAAGGUGUUCGGAACCACCGUGGUUGAGUACGAGUUCGAGAGCUUCUGCUACGAGAACGCUUUUUUGUCCCAAGUCUUCUUUGUGACUGUUCUGGACACGACGUACAAGUACAACUUCGAGU